AUGAUUUUGGACUUCAUAAUGGUGUUACAUUUUCAUGUGAGGCACCUCAAAAAACUAGUGUGGAAAGGCUACAAAAACACUCUCACUGAAGAUGACUUACGGAACACCGAAACUGCAGAAGGAACCAAGGAGAUCGGGGAAGAGUUACAAAGGAACUGGUCCGCGGAGGUGUCGGCGUCGCAGCCCUCCGGCAGGGAACCCAGCCUGGCUCGGACCGUGGCCAGGACGUACGGCCGAGACUUCUGCCUGCUGGCCGUACCACUGGUCAUCGAGGCGGUCUUCCUAAGGCUCGCCGUCUGCUACCUGGGCGGGUCGCUGCUGGCGGCCAUCUCUCCAGCAGGGUCGGCGGGGCGGCGCAGCGCGCUGGCGAGCGUCGGGGCGCUGGCGGCGGCCAUCCUGCUGAGGACGCUCCUCAAUGACCACCACCUGCGGGCGGCAGCGCGCCUGGGGGCGCGCGUCAGGGCCGACAGCUCCCUACUACUCUACUGCAAGGCGUCGACGUCGGUGUUGCACUGGCUGUGGCUGCUGCACGUGCAGGCGGCGGCGGGCGCGGCCCUGCUGUACCACGUGCUGGGGCUGCCAGGCGCUCUGGGCCUCGCCGCCGUCUACGUCGCCUUCGCUCCAGCCCAAGCGUUGCUGGCGCUCGUGUUGCUGCGGCUGCGCAGGAGCGUGGCGCCCCACACGGAGGCCAGGACGCGGCUGAUGGCGGAGCUGGUGGCCGGCGUGGCAGCCGUCAAGGCCAACGCCUGGGAACCCGUCUUCCAGGCCGCCAUCCAGGCGGCGCGCAGGUCCGAAAUGUCCAGAGUGGCGAUGGAGGCGAUGAUCUCCGGCUUCAGCAAGUCCUCCGUCAUCAUGGUGGACAGGCUGGCCGUCUUUGCCACUCUCCUCCUCUGCACGUUGUUCGGGUACAGGAUGGUCGCGUCCAAGAUCUUCACGGCCGUCCUGUUCUACUUCGACUUCAAAGUGUCGCUCGCUGUCUGUUUCCCUGCCGCAGCUUCAGCGUGGUCGGAGUGCAAACUGGCUGUAGAAAAUAUGCAGAAAUUCCUGCUGGAGGAAGAUGGUGCUGCCAACUCGCAGCAGGUGGUUCCAGUCGCAGAGGCAGAGCUUCCGGUGGGCGCCGUGGAGGCGCGCGAGGCCAACUUCCGGUGGACUUGCGACGGCCCAGAUGUCCUCGAGGGGAUCUCCUUCAGCCUGCCACCGGGGUCUCUGUGUGCCGUGGUGGGCCCCAUAGCCAGCGGCAAGACGUCGCUGCUGAUGGCGCUGCUGGGAGAGCUGCGAGCCUCAGGGGGCCGCGUGUCCGUGUCCGGCGCGACGUCGCUGUCGCCGCAGGAGGCGUGGGUGUUCAGCGGCAGCGCGCGCCACAACGUGGUGCUGGGGGGCGGCGACCGGCAGCCCGACGCGGACCCCGGCCGCUACGGGGCGGUGCUGGCGGCGUGCGCCCUGCCGGGGGACCUGCGCCGGCUGCCCAGGGGGGACGAGACCCCUGUGGGCGAAAGGGGGGCGCGCCUCAGCGGGGGGCAGAGGGCCCGUCUGGCGCUCGCCAGGGCGGCAUAUCGGGAUGCGGACGUCUACCUACUGGAUGACCCGCUCUCUGCUGUGGAUCCGCACGUGGCCAGCCACGUGUUCCGUGAGUGCAUCCUGAAGCUGCUGGCUGGUAAGACGAGGCUGCUUGUCACACACCAGCUCAACCUCUUGCCCCUCUGUGACCACAUCAUCGUCCUCAACAAGGGUCGCAUUGAAUUUCAAGGAAGAUUCAACGAGAUUCAAGAAAACUACCAAGUUCUGACAAACAUCAUUUCCCUCAGUGCAACUGGAGGGCACAUCUUGGAAGAGGCUGAUGACGAAGAAGCUGAAAGUGAAGCUACGGCGCUGGAGGCAGAGGACCUCCUGUGGAGCGAGCAGAGGGCGGCCCGCUCCUGGAGCCUGCUGCGGGCCUACCUCCGGGCGGGUUCCGGUCCUCUGGGUCUGACCGGGCUGGUCGCCUGGCUGGUCGUCUCCCAGGCCAUAGCACACGGGGCCAUCUACUGGGUGGUCAUCUGGUAA